UCAUCAACGAAAUUCAAUUCAAUUCAAAUCAGAGUUUCCCCAUUUCUUUUCCAUUAUUUAUUUAUUGAAAUAAAAUAUAAAUAAUUAAUUUAAAAUUCCACUCACCGCCAUGACUUUGAAAUUCCUUUGUUCUUCGUUCUUCGCUUUGCGCACGCGUUUCCUCUGUUCAUGUCCCCUAAACCCUCACUAUAAAUACCUCUUUCCGUCUCUCUUCUCUUUUCCAAACUGAAACCACAAAACGUUUACACACACAGAUAUCCAUAUCCAUUACCCACCAGAAAAUGGUCGAUUUAGACUGGAAAUCUAAGAUGGUGUCCUCCGAUAUACCUAGUAAAUCGCCGAAACUCUCGAAUAAACUCAAGAUUUCGAUACCACCACCGGCUAGAACCGGCGAUUUAGCGCCGGCUUCUGAGGCUGCUUGUUCGGCUUACGAGCACUACCUUCGACUUCCGGAGCUGAAGAGGCUUUGGGGUUCGAAGGAGUUUCCGAAUUGGAAAAAUGAGUCUGUUCUUAAACCGGCUUUGCAGGCUUUGGAAAUUACGUUCCGGUUCGUUUCGACCGUUUUGUCCGACCCUAGACCGUAUGCGAAUCGGAGGGAAUGGAGGAGAAGGCUCGAGUCUCUAAGCAUGAGUCAGAUUGAACUCAUAGCGAUGUUAUGUGAAGAUGAAGAAGAGGAUAGCGAGGCACGUGGCACAGCCCCAAUCGUUGAUUUGACAUCAUCCGAUGGUGUAUUGUCUCGCGAAAACAGCUCGGCGGAGGUCUGGAAGCUCGCCGGAGAUGCGACGGUGGUGAGUCGAACCAGCGAAGCUAGCUUGCUUCCACGGCUGGCCUCGUGGAAGAAAUCGGAGGAUAUUGCAGAGAAGAUUUUGUACUGCAUCGAGUGCGAGAUGAGGAGGUGUCCGUACACCCUAGGUUUGGGCGAGCCAAACCUCGCCGGAAAACCUAGCUUGGACUAUGAUCUGGUCUGCAAGCCGACGGAACUUCGUUCUCUGAAGAAAAGCCCCUCCGAUCAAGCAAAUUUGGAUAAUUUCGAAAAUCAAACUCUCUACACGACGCACCAGAUCUUAGAAUCAUGGAUCUAUGUUGCUCAACAGCUCCUGAAUCGCAUCACAGACCGAAUCGAUCGCAAGGACAUCGACAAAGCAUCAAGUGAUUGCUGGUUAGUGGAGAAGAUAUGGAAACUCUUAGCAGAAAUCGAAGAUCUACAUUUACUAAUGGAUCCGGACGAUUUUCUCCGAUUGAAAAACCAGCUCUCGAUUAAAGCAUCGACGGCGUCCGAAUCAUUCUGUUUCCGAUCAAGAUUGCUCAUCGAGAUCACGAAGCUCUCGAAGGACUUGAAGCACAAAGUUCCGAACAUCCUUGACGUUGAAGUGGACCCAAAAGGAGGUCCAAGAAUACUAGAAACCACCAUGAAUCUGUACAUGAAAAAGGAGGGUUUUGACAGGAUUCAUCUUCUUCAAGGCUUGCAGGCCAUCGAAGCGGCGUUAAAGAGGUUUUACUAUUCGUAUAAGCAACUGAUUGCGAUUGUGAUGGGGUCUUUGGAAGCUAAAGGUAAUGGAGGUUUUGCGACGGCGGAGGAUUCGUUGGGGCAGAUCUUUCUUGAGCCGACGUAUUUUCCAAGCCUUGACGGAGCCAAGACGUUUCUGGGGGAUUACUGGAGCCAUGAACGUGGAAGGUACAGUCCGGAGAGACGAACUCGGGGGAAGAAAUGAGGGGAAACCUGGGUUGACUCGGUGUCUGACUCUAGGUUGAAUGGAUUGAAUUGACUCGGUCAGGUUGAGUUGAUGAGGUUUGAAGGGGAUAAUUAAUUUGUUAAUUAGAACAGGUUGGGUUGACUCGGUUGUUUAGAAUUAAAAAGACAGGUCAUAUUAUUAUUUUCUUCUGGUGAUAGAAUUUGAAUUUGGUCCUGUUGUAAAAUUUUGCCAUAUUAUUCUUAUGAAUUAUUUUUAAUUCUUUUAUAUUUUAGGUUAAUUGUAUUGAUG